AUGAAUAAUUUUACUGGCAUUCCAUCAUCAGACCGCGGUAAUGGCAAUUUCAUGACACCUUCUCAACCAUCGUAUGGAGUUCCAAUGCCAUCGGGAUCGGGAUUUGCUCUUUCACCCAUUCCGAACGCAUUAGUGGAUCAAUACAUUUCUAUUCAAAAUUCCAUGAAUCAAUUAGCAGUGUUUAUACCACAAUAUAAUUCUCAAACAGUUAUGGUUCAUUCGUUACAGGAACAAGUGAAUCAACAACGACAAGUUUUGCAAUCGGUUUCAUCUCAGGUCAUCAAGGAGAAGAAGGACGUUGAAAAACUCCACAAACCAUCCAUUUCCAAUUUCUUCUCAAAAGCUCUGGAUAAGAAUGGUUUUGAUAAAAAGAUUGAAAAGGAAGAGCAAGAAUAUAAAGCAAUGAUUGAAAAGGAACGCCAAGCAAAAACUCAAUUAGAAAAUUUGGAAACUCAACUCAUGCAAGCCAAGAGCAUUCAAACUUCACUCUAUCAACACGUUCAAAUGUAUGAAUCUAAAACUCGUGAACUUGAACAUAGCAUUGAUCGAAUGAUUGUGGCAGCAUGUCUUUCACCACAACAUGUCAUUCCCAUGACACAACAAGAAAUUUUCAUGAAUCAAACCAAGAGACAACAAAUUGUAGUAUACCUUUCUCAAUAUAAGGCUGGACUCACAAAUCUGCAACAGGCUUACACGUUAUUACAAUCAUGCUAUCAGAGAUUAUCGGAAGCUAAGAAUCUUGCAACGGCUGACUUGUUUAUGAAUGGUGGGCUAGCGAACAUGUAUGUGGACAGUAUGAAGUAUGAAAAUCUCAAUAGAGCCAAUGAUGAUGCAAAGAAAGCGAAAUUGUUCAUUGCUGAGGCAGUUCGACAAUGUCCUCCUCUCGCAUCUCAGCCACUGUUUGUGGCCAAAGUGACGCAAGGAGAUUUUGUUUUUGAUGUUUUCUUUGACAAUAUUAUUUCUGAUUAUAUUGUUCGAGAGAAAAUUAGAAAGAGUAAGGAAGCAAUGGGAGAGUCCAUUCAACAAUUAACCAUCACACUGAAUUGGCUUCAAAUGACUUGCAUUCCUCAAAUUGAGAGAGAUUUACAACAAGUUGAUCAAGUCAUUGCCUCCCUUUCCUCCACGUUACAGCAGGAACGUAUGGCUAUUGUCACACAGGCACUCAAUCAAAAAGCAUCACAACAAUCUCAAUUACCAGUCAUUUCACUUGGCAUUCCAGUUCCUUCGCAACCACAAAUUCCACCCAUUCAAACUCAUCCACAAACAUUGGUCGAUUUGUCGAAUCAACCUUUCAAUCCUACAUUUUCCAAGUGA